AUGUGCCCUGCCAGCAAGGAGGAAGGUCCGCAGAUGUCUGUAAUGUUUUCGCUUGUGAGCCGGGUGACCUGUGGUAUCCCCUUGAUUAUCAUGGACAGCCGGCACCAUGACCUGAUCGAGCAAGAUUGGGAUGCCGAUAAUCCGGGGCUGGAGGGUAAGUUCGACUUUGCGGACAUGUCCAUGCAAGAGGCCGUUCGAAAGCUGACGAAUCUAGGCAAGGCCCUGAACAA